UAAAUAUUGAUUUUUCAGUGCUCUCUCCCAGAAACAUUAAAACGAAGUGGAGCCCAUUUCGCGAUUAUAAGCGCACAAAAAUAGGAAAAUCAUUAAAAAAUAAUUCUAGGACUUAACAGCUCCCAGUAUCCGGCGGCAGUAUUAGCAUCCCAGCAUCCACCAUAGGUCUCGCGGAGACAGCUGUCCUGGACAUAAUGGCUGCGAAUCUGCAACAGCAGCGCUCCAUCAAUAUGCAGUUGCGACGGGAGGUGGAGAUGGAGCGAAUGCCCGUCUCGGAAGCAUGCUCCCUGAUGAUGAAGUAUAUGAUGGAGCACGAAGAAGAGGACUGCCUCCUUAGCGGCUUCACCCAAAAGGUGAAUCCGUUCCGCGAGAAGAGCUCCUGCAGCAUUCUGUAGGUUCGACGAUAGCUCGAACUCGUUCCUAACAGUAUUAUUCUAUAAAGUAUACUCAAUUACGGUGGAGUCUCUGAUCCCAGUCGUACAAUGUCGUGUAACCUAUUUGCUGUUCGUUGUAAGUGUGCUGACCUCAAUUAUGUCUAUAAACUGAGUAUACAUAUACAAUGGAAUCGGGCGGAACAAGAAUUUAUUAACGUGUAAACAAAAAAUGGGGAACCGUCUUAAACUUAAACGCCUGCAUAUGUGUGUAUAAAUAUCGUGUAUUUUGCUAAUCCUGUAGCUCUUUAUUGGAGAAUUUAGCGAAAACCCCCUCCUAUCUACAUAUAAAUGUUUCCUAUUGAGAUAUUCCUGAAAUAAAGCUAUGUAUCCAGAGA